UCGGAUCCAGACGCCGCUGUGACUCGCUGGAUGGCAGCGGGGAUAGCGGACUUUUCCAGUCAAACGCCAGAAGUGGACAGUUCACCCGGCUCUCUGCAGCCGCAGUUUAAAGCUCAGUGGGGCUGCUGGGAAGUGACGGAGGUCCGACCGGCUUCUAGGUGGGUUCACAGGCUCGCUGCGGGGGAUGUGCUCACACAAUGGGAAACGACGCGCUGGCACCUUCCCGGACUAUGCAUUAAAAUAAUUCAGAUCACCUUCGGUUUGUUCUCUGUGGUGGCGGCUCUAAGGAACACACCAUCCAGAGCCGACGGAGAAGCGUAUCAGCCCCGGAGAUUCCCUGGACUGGCGCAUCAGUUUCACCCAGCUGGAAGAACGUGUUUCCUGCGCAUCUGGAGUAAAAAACGUUGCUCUUGCCCCGGAGCAGUUCUCAUGUGAUCCAACCAGUUUUUGUCUGCGUAAAUAACCUUCUGCUUCACGUUUUGUUAGUUCCGCCCAGUGUGGUGUGUGUGACUCUGAGAAGAAGAUGCUGUUCUGUGAUUUUUGGACAGAAGUGAACUGUUUAGGAAUUUGAUCCAGGAUGUUCCUGCUGGACUCGGGUACUGCUGACAGAAUGGAGAGAGGUACACCUCAGAGGAAGACUGUCUACCGGAUUUCCCUUACUCUGAUAAAGAAGGAAAGUCAAGAGGAUGGAGGGAGUGAUGGAAGUAAGAAGCUCGAAAACCCAAAAGUUGGAGCCUUCAGGCGGGAAUGUUCAGUUGAGGCCCAGCGGAGUGGUCUCCUUGAGCAACUGCAAGAGGUGGAGAAUGAGGCAGAGGAGAUCCCGGUGUCUCAUAAUUGCAUGAGGAAUUUUAGGACGUUUAGCAUGGGUCAGCUGGAGCUUGGCAGACUCAAGAUAUCCAGGAAGGCAAAAGAAUCAGAGAAAAUUGUGGUGCAAGAUGUCGUCUCUGUACCAUCUCCGGCCAGCAACAAGGACAACCGAAAAAGAUGGCUCUUUAAGUCCAAGAGUGAGGAGAAGAGGAGUCCUGAAUCUCACACUAAACCUUUGCUCAAUGGCGAGAUCGAUGCUUUGGACGUCAACAGCAAGUCAGCGUCUGUUUCUAUGGAGACACCUUCCAGGAAGCAAAAUCCAGGACUAUUGCGUCGCAGCUUCAGCUUCCGGCACUGGAGUGGCAGCGAGCGCUUGCGUCUACCAGCUUUCACCAGGGAUAAACACCACAAUGGCAGUGGAUGUAUUGGCAAGGAUUUGGAGGCCAAUAAUAAGAUGAAUGGACAAAAUGAGAGUAUGAAAAUUGGUGCAAAUAAUGUAGAGCAUAAGGUGGUUCUGGCUAGUCCAGGCCGCUUGAGAGAGAAGAGUCGAACUCUUGAAGUUGGAGCUAUUCUGAACAAAACUGAGCAGAACCACUGGGCUCAAGCUAGUGGUGCUAAAACCCGGACAUUGGAUAACAGUGAUCUUCAGCGUUUUGGAGUAGAGAAGGAGGGAAAUGGGUUUUUGCUACGUGGGAGCAUCGGGCGCUCCAGUGAGCGACGUCUGGUGCGUUUUUUCAGUGGAAUUUUUUCAAAGAAGGAAGGGGGCACAACCUCAUCGCCACUGGGCAGCCCAAGCCCCCUGAGGUCAUUUCGUCAUCCCAGGGGUGCACAAUUCCAGUCCAGCACAGAGAGCAUGAAUGCACAAAGUAAUGACGAUGCGUUUGUCAACAGUCAAGAGUGGACACUGAGUCGGACAGUACCGGAACUCAAAGUGGGGAUCGUGGGUAAUUUGGCGAGUGGUAAAUCGGCCUUGGUCCAUCGUUAUCUGACAGGGACGUACGUCCAGGAGGAGUCGCCUGAAGCCGACGUGGAUGCAGGUGGUCGCUUCAAAAAAGAGAUCGUAGUAGAUGGCCAGAGUCACCUGCUGCUCAUCCGGGAUGAGGGUGGACCUCCAGAGGCCCAGUUCGCUCUGUGGGUCGAUGCGGUGGUGUUCGUCUUCAGUUUGGAAGAUGAGAUCAGCUUCCAGACUGUCUACCACUACUUCAACCGACUCAGUAACUUCAGGAGUGCGGGAGACCUUCCGUUGGUACUAGUUGGCACUCAAGAUGCCAUCAGCUCGCAGAACCCCCGGGUCAUUGACGAUGGUCGUGCCAGAAAACUCUCCAACGACCUAAAACGCUGCACCUACUAUGAAACAUGCGCCACCUACGGGCUAAACGUGGAACGUGUCUUCCAGGAUGUUGCUCAGAAGAUUGUGGCAUCCAGGAAGAAGCAGCAGUUAUCCAUUGGCCCCUGCAAGUCACUGCCCAACUCUCCCAGUCACUCAUCCGUCUCUUCCACCCAGGUGUCAGCCGUCCACAUCAACCAGACAAGUAAUGGAGGAGGCGGAGUGGGCAGCGGAGUUGUAGUUGGUGGCGGCGGCGGAGGGAGUCUGAGUGACUACUCAUCAUCUGUGCCGUCCACACCUUCCACUAGCCAAAAAGAGCUCCGCAUUGAUGUCCCCCAGACCACCAACACUCCGACCCCAGUCCGAAAGCAGUCAAAACGCCGCUCCAACCUCUUCACUUCUAGAAAAGCCAGUGAGACGGAGAAGGACAAGAAGAGCCUGGAUUCUCGAGCGGACAGUAUUGGCAGUGGACGAGCUAUCCCCAUCAAACAGGGAAUGUUGCUAAAACGAAGCGGAAAGUCAUUGAACAAGGAGUGGAAGAAGAAAUAUGUGACACUGUGUGACAACGGACUGCUGACUUAUCACCCGAGUCUGCACGACUACAUGCAAAACGUCCAUGGUAAGGAGAUCGAUCUGCUUCGGACUACUGUCAAGGUCCCUGGGAAGAGGCCGCCAAGAGCAGUAUCCACUUGUGCAGUUGCUCAGAGUCCCAAAACCAACGGACUGACCAAAGAAAUGAGCAACCUGCAAUUAGGACAAAAUUCAGUGUCGAACAGCACGUCAGCAUCUCAGGUGACCAGCGGUGUCAGUCUAGUGUCCUUCAAUAGUCGCGGAGUGGAUGGGAUGCAUCAGCGAUCUUAUUCCGUUUCCAGCGCUGACCAGUGGACAGACGCAACUGUUAUUGCAAACGACCUAGUUUUGGGGGACCCAAUCUGCUCCAGUCCCAGUCUCUCGAGUGCCAUCAGUCCAAAGAUGGAACCGCCACCGUCACCACACGCCAACCGAAAAAAGCACAGACGGAAGAAAAGCACCAGCAACUUUCGUGCUGAUGGACUCUCUGGUACUGCUGAAGCCAAGCGUAAAGCGUGGAAACUAAAUCGGGUUGCUAGCCUGCGCAGCAUUUACGCCAACAGUCGGCACAACUCGGAAGAGGCUGAAGAGAACCUGGAAUUCACGAUAGUUUCCUUGAGUGGCCAGGUGUGGAACUUUGAGGCUACAUCAUACGAGGAGAGGGACUCUUGGGUCCAACUCAUUGAGAGUCAGAUUCUGGCCAGUCUGCAGUCCUGCGAGUCUGCUAAGAACAAGUCCCGUCUGACGAGCCAGUCAGAAGCACUGGCCCUUCAGUCCAUCAGAAAUAUCAGUGGAAACACUCGCUGUGCCGACUGUGAUGCUCCAAACCCAGACUGGGCCAGUCUGAACCUGGGUGCCCUCAUCUGUAUCGAGUGCUCAGGCAUCCAUCGCAAUCUGGGAACGCAUCUGUCCCGGGUUCGAUCACUUGACUUGGACGAGUGGCCGUUAGAGCUCAUCCGGGUGAUGACAGCCAUAGGAAACGAGCUGGCCAACAGUGUAUGGGAGUUUGACACCAACGGACGCCUCAAGCCCGGCCCAGACGCCUCAAGGGAGGAGCGAGAGCGCUGGAUCCGGGCGAAGUACGAGCAGCGUUUGUUCCUGGCGUUGCUGCCUUGCACCGAUCUACCUCUCGGUCAGCAGCUACUGAGAGCGACUGCCGAAGAGGACUUGCGCCUCGUGGUGCUGCUUCUUGCCCAUGGGAAUCGACAGCAGGUGAACGAGACGUGUGGAGACGGAGACGGACGCAAUGCGCUGCACCUGAGCAGCCGCAAGGGAAACGUGGUGAUCACACAGCUGCUUAUUUGGUACGGCGUGGAACUGACAGCCAGGGAUGCUCACGGCAACAGCGCUCUGGCAUACGCGCGACAGGCUGGCAGCCAAGAAUGCAUGGACACACUCGCGCAGUACGGCUGCCCGGAUGAGCGCCACCCGCUCAUGGCCACGCCCAAUCUCUCACGCCGCAACACCAAUCGCAACAACAGCUGCAGCAGCGCCGGCAGUGCUGCCCUCAUAUGACCACGCCCACCUGACUGCGGAAGUAUUUUUAACGUUUCUUUUUUUGGGAACCACUACGCCUCUAUCAGUCCCGUCCGUUUCUCCUAGUAGUGACAAACACCACUGAUGCAUGAUGGGAACUGUGGUCGUGUACGAGGGUCUGGAUUGACAUGGCGGCUAAUCAUCAUACCUCAUCGGAUCGCUACAAGGCCAGUCCCACCUCAGGUGGCCGGGCUACUAAACCAUAUCAGACUUUGACGUCCGGCUCCUGGGUGUGUUGACUUUCUUUUCUUCAUGAACUUCCCUGCCUCUUUUUAAUGUGAAAAUAAUUGUGUUGUAAGCAUUUUACGGAGAAAAAAGGUUUGUCGUAGUCAAAGUGUGCUAGGUUGCAUGUUCUGACGCUUUGUUUUGUAUCUGACCAUUUGGUGAUGUAAAUAGUAACUGCAGCGCCUGCGUGUAAAAAUGUCUGUACAGACUCUGUUGCUAGCCUCAGGGACUAGAGACCCCGAUGAGCUCAGUCUAGACGACGAUUGAGGGGCUGGACGAUAACUCAGCGUCUCUCCUGUUCUGUAAUCCGACUCUGCACCAGGAAGUAGCGAUGAAUCUAGAAUGGAGACCGCCGCUUCUGUUUUCCUUUCAAGUGCACUUGGUUUGAAACAACGAUUAUCUUCCAGACUGAAUUCCAAACCCAUUCAUGAUUUUUCUAAUCUGCUCGCUUCUCGUUUUCUAAAACUGUCCAGCCCGGGCAUUGCAACGUCGGCUCACACUUUCACGCCAAAAGCUCUUGGUUUAAAGAGGAAAAUGACGUCCUGGUGCUGCUUGUGAAUUGAUGGUGAUGAAAGAAACGAAAGAAAGCAGCUACUUUGUGAGGAAAAAAGGGAAGUGUUUUAUUCAGAAUGUGUGGUCAUGAGACCGGCAUUGAGCCAAGACUCGUGGCAGAUUUUUUUUUUUUUU